AUGCGCGAAUGCUGGAACAUCAACCCGGUGCAUCGCCCGAGGGCUGAUGAGGUGGAGCAGAGAUUGCGUGAAGCUAUCCUAUUGGAGCACUCACAUCAGUUUGGUGGUCCAAUGUUCGACUCCCAAUUACCUGACGAAACACGCCCAAGUGUAAUUGGCGAUGAAGAGGAUGAAAGGGAGGAAGCUCAGGGAGGUAACCCGAACGAAGCCCGUACUACCUUGGUUGCUGCGGCCCUUGGAUAUCACUGCCAUGGCCACAGAGAUGAUGCACACACUAUUCAAAUACAAAUCGGAUGGAUUCUAAUUGAUCAGCAGCAGUUUCAAGCCGCCCAAGCUCAUUUCGAGGCUGUUAGGGGUGUAGCCAAUGGUGAUUUGAUAGUAGCGUGUAAACGAGGCUUGGCGCGAACUGCAGUUGGGUUUGGCAACUUUGACGAAGCGACCAUGCAAUACGGCUCAGCAUUGGCACUGUGUAGGGAGGGAAGAUUCACCGAUUAUGAGUACAUGAUUAUCCGAGAAACCGCCAACGCCAUCCUUGGUCACCCAAAAAAUCAAGGCUCACCCGAAGAGAAUCUCAGGUCUCGAAACAUGGCGAGAGAACUCUUCAAGGAAGCCCUCUCUUUGUCCAUGGAUCCGAGCGUACGAACCUCGAAUACCAGGUUCGAGUUCGCUACUGGUCAGCAAAAUAUAGCCGAGGAGGUUUACAACUACCUGUUGGACAGUGAAGUUCUUUCAGAGGCUCAGUAUAGUGCUUUUUAUAUGGAACUUCUAGAACUACGUCCCAACAAUGCGCAUACAUCUCAUGGGGAAAUAGAUUCAACAAGCUCGAGCUGGGUGCUUCACCAGCCAUAG